AGGCAGCACCGUCUUGUGUCCCCGGGCCCCAACAACACAAACACCUUCCUGGCGCUCUUUUAGCCAUAUAAAAUCACUCAGACUCCGUCUACUCCGAAGACACAAAUUUCCGUUUUUUUGCCGUGCAUCCCAUCACAAUCGCUUCACACACCGACCCAUCCUUCCUCACACCCCCCGUAGCUUCUUCCCACACUACCGGCUGUCAUCUCCAUCUUGCUGCGCUAUCUGCACAUCCCCGGUGCCUGCUACCGUUCUUCCGACUGACCUUGUUUCCUCGGUCCCGGUGCGGCCCAUCUCUCCUUUGGCACUACACCUCUGAUGCUGUCCUCGGCAACUACCAUCCCAGCAGCAGCAGCAACAACAGCAACAGAAGCAGCAACGACGACGCCAGCGACGACGUCAUCUCCAGCAACCUCCUCCUCAACUGCAGUGGUGCUCCGUUCGUACAAUCUGAGAACGCUCACCAGACAAAAGCGAGAUAGCUUCAAAAUGACGACGGCAUCCUCAAGCUCUGACUCCGACUGCUCAGACAAGACCCGAGAUCACUCGGUCAACUCGACGUCAGAUUCCGAUUCCAAACUCAGAAGACGCAAAUCAAAAUCCUUCUCUAAGAAACCGAAAAAAGAAACUCCGCCAGAUAAAAGAAGAGUUAGAACAGGAUGCUUGACAUGUAGAAGCAAGCAUAAGAAAUGCGACGAAACCAAGCCUGUCUGCAAGUUCUGCCAGUCGAAAAACCUCCAGUGCAUCUGGCCCCACGAAGGAAUGUCUCGUCCGGCCCAGCUGAACGACACUUUGAAGCAGAUCCUGUCUUUGAAAAAAGUAGAUAAUAAUGAAUUGUCAACAAUUUCAAACACCUCUGCAAGCCUGCCCGGAUAUACCCUGAGCCAAAAACUGGGCUUUCUAUCAGGCUCCCUCAAUUUCAACACAGAUCUACAUCCCAAGUAUCUGCAGCUACCUUCGAACUUUCCUGCCAUUUUAUCGAUAAUACCUGCCCUGCAGAGCGGGAACUUCUCAUCGAACGUGAGCUCUUUCAUCUUCUUCAACGACAAGUCAGUCACCUCAACAAAUUCUUUGUUCACGCAAUCUUUGACAAACUUGCUUUCAAAUUACUUCUUAACAGAUCCAACUUAUAUUCUACAUUUGAGUAACCCAAACCACAUUCUAUCGUUAUCCAGAGAAUCUAAAGCUUUGACAUACGCUAUCUUAGCCAUAAGUUCAAGGUUGCUGGAACAGUUCGAUACGUCAUAUUCUGGAGAAAAUACUUUGGACUUUUAUCUUUUAAGUGUACGUGAACUAUCGAAAUACUUGAGAAAUGAGGUCCAGGGAAUCCUGAAAGAAAAAGUAUCGAGCAAAGAAUGCAUCUGGUGGACUGUUGUUCUCUUAGCAUGGUUUGAAGUCUUCAGUGUAAAGCCAGAGGAUUGCUGGGACAGAAUCGAGGGAAUCAUAAAUUUUUUCGAUUCAUUGGGUAUUUCCGAAGAUACAAAAUCCUUCCAAACUUUUACAGGAUUGAUAAUGGUUCCUUGGUGCUGUAAGAUGAAAUACUUGGAAGACAAUUCGGACGACCCUAUAAAUUCAAAUUGCUCUUCCAUAUUCAUUGAUUCUUCGGCCGAGUUCAGUCUACGUAAACUUUGUGCAUCAAAGCAUGAUAUAUUGAACUUGGCAUGCCAGUCCUUUUUUGUCAAAGAUGAAGUCAAGCAAUGGGUUGAUCUUUGGAACACCUUGCUCGAAUGGAAGUCCAGGACAACAGGUAACGAAGAAUUUAAACAACCCGAUGGUGCAAUCAUUCUGGCAGUCGACAAAGACUUAUUCAGUUACAUUCUAUAUCACACUGCAUGUUAUCAUUUACUCUCCAAUAAGCCAGACAACGUAAGCUUGAUCUUCCAAAACCCGAACGACUAUUCGACAAUCGUAGCAUUUGCAAUGGGUCAGGAUAGACAUGAUUGUGACAAUUUGAUCCAAUGGCACCGCAACAGGCUUAUCAAAAUCCUGGAGAGUAACAUGAUCACCAAAAACAAAAAGAGUAUUUAUUCUUCUUGUGCCUGCUGGUUUGCAGGCUUUGUUCUUAACGACGACAAAUACGACAAAACGGAAAUCAAGCAUUUACUACAGAAAAUCAGUUCAUGGUGCAACUUGGAAAUCUUCAAAUGGCUGAUUGAAACAUACAACUAAACAAUAUAUUCAUUCACACUUUAUAGACAAUCAUAUAUAGGUAUCUCUAUGUAUACACAGUUAUAGAAGCACAAACACACAUUCAUAUGGU